AUGGAAGACGCAUCCUUGGGCAGUAACUGCCCUGACAUGGGGGACUGUGUUUUGGAAUCCUCAACCAACCGGAGCCUCUCUGUAGGCUAUCUCCCCCAUGAGGACAGCAUUGACUGUGAGGACAUCAUACCCUGUGAAGAGCUGACUUCUCAGGGUCCCUCCUGCCACGUGCUGCCUCCUGUCCAAGGGGCAUGGGGAACCGAAAGUGUAAAUAAACCUGUGGAGAGACAAAAUCCCAUUCAGGAGAACCCAGAGAAGCCUGGCGAAGAAGCCAUCCUCGAGGUCUUGGAUGCCUAUCUGGACUGGCACUGUGAAGACUCGGGAGCUAAUGGGGCUCUAAGUGAAGACUCCCAGAGGAUGGACGAGAGCCCACAGGAGAGCAUAAACCAGCCCCUCUGGGACCUGGAUGAGCUCAUGAAAGAUCUGAAGGCAUUUCUGGAGARUCAGAAGGAUGACCAAGAUGAUGACCCUGUACUGUCUGAUUCUCCUCAGGAGGAGGAUCUCCAGCCGUGCAGCAGUGCCUCUCCCCAUAUAGAUCAGGUCAGUCAUCAAGAACCUGAAGCUUGUGAGGACUUGCCCAAGUGUGACCCACCAGAAAACRGAGACAUGGACCAGUUCCCAGAAAUGCCUCCUGAGCUUGAGGACGAUGAGAUUGUUGAGAUGCAAAGCCAGGACAGUGGCACUGAAGAAACCUCCUCAGUCUUAUCAGAGGAGUCAAAGGAGGAGGAUGUGCCCUUAGACACCAAAACAACGUGCUGUCUGAAUUUUGUUUUCAGCUUCCAGUGGCUCAGAAAGCGACUGGUCUCCUUCAUGCCAGGGAGAAAGAGCCCUGGGAGGGUCAACAAUGGCCCCCUUAAGCUGGCACUACAGAGAAGACAUUUGUUUGGAGGCAAUAGAAUCCUACCUCAAGAAUCCCUCUAG